GACAGUAGUUGAGGAGUGCGCUUACUAUUGUAGUAGUUCGUGUCAGAAUGUCGGAAAGGUCACGCGUUAACAAUUCAGGACCGUUGAAGAAGCCUGCUGAAAGAGGUUAUCCAGCUUCGUCUGGUUCUGUGUGGAGUUCCAAUACACCUAGUGAACGGGGUGAUAUUCCGUCGUCUUCGGAAGGCGAAAUUGCCUCGGAAGCUGCUCGCCAGAAAAAGAGCCAUCCAGUCCAAAAAGCUGUGUGAGUACUAUUCCUGUUGUUCCUUCAGAUAACACGACAUGUUUUGUCUUGAUGCCUAACUAGCUUUCGUUUCUUUGUUUCAGGUAUGAUAUAUCUACGGGUAUUUCGAAGUAAGUUGACGUCAAAUAAACUCUAACAGUAUUUGUCUUCAUUGCUUCCUUCGGUAACGCUCCCGAAUUGACUAUUAUUUUCAGACUAAACAUACAGAAGACACUCAGAAUACCGAAUAGACCAGACCAAGGAGGUACAAUCGGCAAGAAAGUCAAAGUCACUUCAAACUGUUGGGAUUUGACAUUUCAUCACAGAACGGUAUAUUUGUAUUUUGUGGAGGCCAACUCAGUUCAUCGAUUGGAAGCUAAGGAGGGCAGUAAAACUGAGAUAAGAAUGCCACCUAAAGAGUUGAGAUCUUUAAUUCAGCAGGUAGCUGACUCUUUACCAGAUACGAUCAUAUACGAUGGCGGUCACGCCAUAUACUCUGAAGAUCCGUUACCUGGUGUCACAACGGACCCCGUAGAAAGAGAGAUUGAGAUCAAGGAGCCGUUUGGUCGGGACCGCCUUCUUCUGAAGUACCGGAUUAUGGAAGUGCAGAAGGUAUCUACUUCCGAUAUCAGCCAUUUCAUAACGAAUCCGAAAGCGACCUCUAUGAAUAUGCCCCAAGAAUGUAUCAGAUUGUUAGACUGCAUCUUGAAGACGGUGUCAAAGCAGUCGUUUGUAUCCCUUGGACGCUCAGCCCUAUUUCAGCAAACACCAAUUAAAGUGGUUAUGGAUAAGCUUUUCACUAUUCAUAAGGGUUUCAUCAGUAGCGUGCGACCCCAAUGGAAAAUUCGUGUCAACUUGGAUAUGACGUGCAAGGCCUACUUUGUAUCCGGGAAUCUAGCGGACGUCAUGUACUCGAAGUAUGGAGACGAUAUGGUUAGAUGUAGCACUCAAAUGGCAUACGACUUGAGAAAGAUACGAGUUGAGACUGAUAAAUUCUACAAGAGCGAUGAUGGACGUGCAUAUUCCCGGCGCUUCACCGUGCACGGGAUAUCAUCACUACCAGCCGACCGUUUGAUGAUUGAGGAGUUGAACCAGUCCGUGGCUGAAUAUUUCAAGCGGCACCAUCAUAUCACUCUGAAGUAUCCAGAGCUGCCCUGUGUGAAGGUUGAUCAAAAGCGUGAAGUGUAUAUGCCUAUGGAACUGUUAAACAUUUUGCCCUAUCAAGCUCCUAAUGCGAGUAAAGCCGAUAUUGCGAGUGAAGUUAUCCGUUGUGCAGCAAUUCGACCACAGGAGCGCUUCAGAGAGCUGGAGAAUUUUGCCAAUAAUAUGCUGAAGUCCCACCCACUGAUCAAACAAUUUGGUUUGGCGAUUCAACCGAGGCCAGUGGAAGUUAACGCACGUGUUAUCCAGCCGCCAACUGCUGGCUUUGGUCGUUCCGGUGUACAACAGCUGACGGCAGGUAGUUGGAGCACGCCUAGCUUUCUUCACCCUGCCGGCGAAGGAGUAGAAAUAAUGUGGGCUGUACUUAGCAUUCCGCCUAAUCAGCGGUCUCAUGGUCAUGUACAGAAGGUGAUAUCGGAAUUGCCUAGAGCGGCCAGUCGCUUUGGUGUUCGGUUUAGCCCUCGACCGAUUGUGGCACAGUGUCCGAGAGGAGAACUAAACAGGAGGUUCGAGGAGUUUUCCAGACAAGGCUGUGGCUUCUUACUUCUCAUCCUGUACGAUGAACAUUUCUACUCAUCGAUUAAACGUCUGAGUGACCUGCAAAUGGGGAUUCGGACUCAAUGUGUACGAGCUCGUACUCUGGACAAACCGAACGUUUUCCCGAACCUGUUACUCAAACUGAAUGGGAAACUCGGCGGUGUGAACUGGCGAAUUCCUGACCUUAUUAAGGACAGUCAAGAGUUGGUUAUGGUUUUUGGAGCCGAUGUCACUCAUCCUGCGCCUACACAAACUCAUCAAAUUCGAAAGUCAGUAGCUGCUGUUAUUGGUAGUGUUUCACCCGAUCUUAUGAGGUACGGGGUAGUUAUCCGUCAGCAGGCAACCACAGAAAAGGGGAAUAAGGCAGCCAGAGAAAUAAUCGAUGAUAUGCGUCUCAGUGUCAAGGAGCUACUCCAGCUUUACCUGCGUAACACGAACGGGCGUUUCCCGACGCGCAUGAUAUUCUAUCGCGAUGGAGUUUCGGAGGGCCAGUUCGAAAAUGUGUUGGUGGAAGAGCUGUGUGCAAUUCAACGAGCUUGUGCAGAUGUCCGUCCUGGCGAGGAGCCAGCUAUCACUUAUAUUGUUGUGCAAAAGCGUCACCAUAUUCGAUUUAGACCAUCUGACCCCAGGUAAGGUAUUUGCUCAUGAUGUUUCCUGUGUACGUACUACACUUUAUUCGUGUCUUAACGGUCUGUUUGAAUGCUUUGUCAGGGCAAGAAACGUGGAGCCAGGAACCGUGGUAGAUACAGAUAUCACGCAUCCCAGGGAAUUUGAUUUCUACCUCUGCUCUCAGGAAGGGAUUCAGGGUACAUCGAAACCUGCUCACUAUCACGUGUUGUAUGAUGAUAGUAACUGGACAUCGAAUGCUCUUCAGAUGUUCACCUACCACUUAUGCUACGCGUACAUGAGGUGUUCGCGUAGUGUCUCGUGUCCAGCGCCGACUUAUUAUUCUCAUUUGGCUGCAUUUCGGGCACGUGAGUGGUUAUCGGACAUAGAGAAACCAGAGAUUCUGUUAGAUGCUGGUCGUUUCAGAGUUCACAGCAGUCAAGUUGACGGCAUGUUCUACUUAUAAACAGAUUUUGUUAUUUUCAUAUAAAUUGUAUUUCCUUUUGAAUCCAUCUUCCCUUUUAAUAGUAAUAAUAAUAAUCAUAAUAAUAAUAAUAGUAUAAUGAUAAUGAUUUACUUCAUUCCAAAAGCAGUACUUGUGAUACAGAAUGGGAUUUUCAGCAUUAAUCACGAUAUUGUAUCUAAUUCCCUCAAAUUAUAAAUAAAAUUAAUCACACA